AUGUGGUUAGCGAUCGCUACACUGGUGACCUGCUGUAGUCUCGCAGCCUGCGAGGCGGACUACGCACAGUAUGUGAACCCUUUUUGGGGUACCGUGGGUUCAAUUCCCAACUAUACCUUUGGCGGCGGCGCCGUCUUUGUUGGAGCAGCGGUGCCCUUCGGCGUAGUCAAACUGACGAUGGAUACUUUCGUCAAGAACACCAGCAUUGCUGCGCUACAGGGAGGCUAUACUCCAAACGGCCUCAUUACCGGGUUCUCCAUGAUGCACGAGUCAGGCACCGGAGGAUGCGCCAAAUACGGUGUCAUUUCGCAGAUGCCGCUCACGAAUAUCGAAGCGCCGGUCAAUCUCUUGGAUAAUCGAACCUACUGGCAAGGAAGGACUGGUGAGGAUCAGGCGAGCAUUGGCUAUUUCAAGACGACUCUGGAGAAUGGUGUCACAACUGAGCUGGGUGCGACACGGCAUACUGGCUUUUACCAGUACGACUUUCCGAUUGACACCAAAAAGCACAUUCUCGUCGAUGUGUCGCACUAUCUGCCCAAUGUUGUGGGUGGUUACUGCACGCAGGUGUAUCGAGAGGGAGAAAUCAAGAUAUCAGAAGACAGAAAGAGCUACCGAGGCCACGGCACUUAUGCGGGUGGCUUCAAUGAGGGAGCGCCGUAUACUGUUUACUUCUGUGGAGAAUUUGAGAAUGCCCCUGAUGAAGCUGAGGCCUUUGCAGGACGGAACCAGUUCCCGGGUUCCAAUUCCAUGAAUCCAGAGCCGUUGCCAUGGCCCACCUUUGCAUCGGAGAACAUGACUACUCCGCAGGGAAGUCGUGCAGGUGCAGUCUUCACUUGGCAGGGAAACACAACCACUGUUCGAUCCAAAGUCGGCAUAUCUUUCAUCUCUGAAGAGAAGGCGUGCAGAUUCAGGGACGAAGAGAUCGAGUCUUGGGACAUGCAAACAGUCGUGCAUGCGGCAGUAGAGGAGUGGAACCGUGAUGUGCUCAGUAAGGUACAAGUAGACACAGGCGAUGAGGCGAACCAAGACCAUCUGACCAUGCUCUACACCUCACUCUAUUAUAUGCAUCUCAUUCCAUCCAACCGAACAGGCGAGAACCCGCUUUGGGAUAGCGAGGAGCCGUAUUGGGACGAUUUCUACACGUUGUGGGACACGUUCCGUAACACCAUUAGCCUUGCACACCUGAUCCAGACUGAAGCAUACGAAUCUCAGAUCCGCUCGUUGAUCGAUAUCUGGAGACAUCAAGGAUACAUGCCAGAUGGUCGUUCUGGCAAUGACAACGGCAUGGUUCAGGGCGGUAGCAAUUCCGACAACGUGCUAGCUGAUGCGUACGUAAAGGGACUGCGCGGUGCGAUCGACUGGAGCGACGGGUAUGCAGCCAUGGUGAAGAACGCCGAGGCUCCUACGAACGGGAGUAACAAAGAAGGCCGUGGCGCUGGAAAUGACUGGCUGCAGUAUGGCUAUGUAGGCCAGGCACUGCCUCGAAGCCUCUCCCGAACUGUUGAGUACUCGUUGAACGAUUUUGCCUUAAGCCAGGUUGCUCGUGGAGAGAAGCCUGAAGACGUCGAGAAGUACCUUCGAAGGUCUGCUGGGUGGCAGCUACUCUGGGACCCUACAACCUUAACCGUGAACACAACGCCAAUUUUCACUGGAUUUCUCACACCAAGAGACGGCAAUGGGACUUUCAAUCAGACAAACUACAAUCCAGCAAAGUGCGGUGCUUGUUCGUGGCCAUCUAUCACCUACGAAGCAACACCGUUCGAGUAUUCCUUCACCAUCCCGCACGAUAUGGAAACGCUGAUCGAGUUCAUGGGCGGGCCAGAGAGCUUCGGGGAACGUCUUGACUACAUGUUCUUGCCCAACACCAGCCAAGCCGAUCUUGGACCUAAUGGUGCCGGAAUCAGAACGCUCAUGAAUAUCGGGUAUUUCCGCAACACUCCAAAUGGCAUGCCAGGCAACUCCGAUGCAGGAUCCCUUAACUCGUGGCUGAUCUGGCAGAUGCUAGGCCUCUAUCCUGUCGUCACUACGCCAGUCUAUCUCCUGGAGAGCCCGUGGUUCAAAGACAUCAACAUGACCAUCAAUGGCAACCGUACCCUGCGCAUAACAGCUAAAGGCCUGAGCGAUGGUAGCUACUAUGUCCAAGGCGUGAAGAUCAACGGCAAGGCUUGGGACAGAAAUUGGGUUGAGCAUGACGAUGUUAUGACUGAAGGAGGGACAAUCGAAUUCGUGCUCGGCAGUGAGCCGAAGGUUUGGGAGACCGGGGAAGUGCCGCCGAGUCCGGGUCAUGUUCUGCUAUAAGUUAGCGCCCUUGAGUCUGAGAGACGAUAUGCGAUCAUCUGUAAGAUAUAUGCACGUCGCCCGGGGGCUAUC